AUGCAAGAAUCUGCCGAUAGGCGUCGCGUUGGGACUUUCCAACAAAGCAGCCCAUGUGCGUCGCCGACAUGGGGUACCGCCAUUGCUUCUAUACCCAACAUUCAGAGCUUGGAACUUAUCCUCGAGACUUUUGCGGUUGAAAAGGCCCAGCUGGAUGCGGUUGUGGAAUGUGCAAAGACUUGGAGGUUUCCAAUUGUGACUUUUCGACAGGUUUUGUUGUAG